UCAGCAGCACAGGCGUCAAUCAAUCUAUCCCAACAUUACAUACCUAUCACAAAGAACAGCCAAGUAAGGCCAAGUGAGGCACAUUCAUAACCUACGCCUAACGUACCCUGCCUUUGAUUUCGAUUGUUGCAUACCGAAAGUUGUGUGUGCCGCACUCCCGGAAUUCCAUUCGUCCACGGGGAUGUGUUACUCACCUACAUUUAUCUCCUCUGUGUCAGUGAAAUCAUACAGGGACAUCCCUAUAAUCACUGAUGUUUCAACGCAACAUUGAACAUUGAACAUAUUCAUGCUGUAUGAUCUGAUCAGAUCAAGCUUAACCUUACAGCUGAAGAUUUGAUUCAUUAAACAGUGUUAAAGUUGACAUUUACAUUUACAUACAUUUAUUUAUUUACGUACGUUUUACAUUACAUCCGUCAUCUGCACCUGACAUUCUUACAUGUACCGGUACCUGAUUUAAUUGUUCCUGUUCCUUCGGCAUACCGCAUAACCCCUACAAUCCCUACAACCCUUAACAAUGUUUUAGCCAAUGAUAGUUCAUGACUCCCUUAACUUCCCCGCCAAUUUACCUCAUUUUACUGCAUUUUCCUAGCUGACGAAUGCACCUAAACAUUUAUGCUGGUUGGUAUGCUCUGUAUUUUGUACUAACAUAAACCAUUAAAAGUGCUGUCGUUUAUGUCCCAAUUCUCUGGCUCUCACCACACUUCUUUUAACGGUGAUCCGAAAAUCUUAAGCGACUCGUCUACGCCCUCUCCGUCGCCGCCGGACGGUCAGAUUCCAUUCGUUAAUUCCAAGUCCGAUUUAAAUAAUUCGAGCAAAGGCCAUCAUAUUAUUAACGUCGGUGGAUUCCGCAGUCGAACACGAUCUCGCGCAUUUUCCACUCCGAUAUUACCAGCAUCGCCGCCAGUCCGGUUCGAUCAUGACAAUUCGCCUCCACUAGCCGUUGCACCCAUAUCUCUCGAGACGCAUCGCAGAACAACGAGUCGUAGUACCUCUAGGCCGCUGUCCAUGGUGCAGGCCUAUCAACCGCCCCUCAUGGAUGUAAACGAAGAGACGAUUCCCGAACUUCAACCCAUCUUCACCUUCCUCAACAGCCAUGUGAAUAAGCUGUAUCAAGAGGGUUACUUUCUAAAGCUGGAUGAUCAGAAUACACAGGGGAAACCCAAUGCCGACCGGACAUGGACGGAAUGUUUCGCACAGCUAGUAGGGACCGUGUUGUCCCUGUGGGAUGCGGCGGAAUUGGAUGCCGCUGGUGAGGACGGGGAAGUCCUACCGAAAUUCGUCAAUCUGACAGAUGCUUCCAUAAAGAUGAUCGAAUCUUUACCUACUAGGACAAAUGAAGAGACACCUUUACAGAACAUUCUCAGCAUAUCGACGGCAGGACGAAACCGGUAUCUACUGCAUUUCAAUUCUAAGCAAUCACUGGUUUCAUGGACAUCCGGUAUUCGACUUGCCAUGUUCGAGCAUUCGACCCUCCAAGAGGCCUACACCGGAGCAUUGAUCGCCGGUAAGGGAAAGACCUUGAACAAUAUCGGUGUGAUUAUGGAAAGAGCACGGAUACCGAUGGAUCAAUGGGUCAGAGUCCGAUUUGGGGCUGGUGUACCAUGGAGACGGUGUUGGUGUGUCAUUACGCCACCGGACGAGAAGGAGUACCAAAAGCUGUUGAAGGAGCACAAAAAGAAGUCACCGUAUGAUCGCUCGCACGUUCCAUUGUUGAAGGGGGACAUCAAAUUUUAUGACAGCAGAAAAGAUGGGAAGAAAGCCAAGAAGAUGCUACCGAUAGCAACGAUUAGCGAUGCCUAUUCCGCAUACGCUCUAUAUCCCCAAGCUAAGUCGUUGAUUGACGCGUCAACCUUGGUCAAGAUCGAGGGCAACAUCACGAUCCAUUCAGAUCCGCCAUCUGAAAGCGAGGGAUUCGUGUUUAUCAUGCCCGAAGUACACCCAGCUGUCAGCGGGUUCGAGAUGAUGUUACGAUUUCUAUUCCCCACUUGGGACACCUUUUGUCUCUACGGCCGACCGGGAAGACUUGUCGCAAGUGUCCUGGAUUCGAGAUCUCUCAUGUUUGCGAUGCCCAAACACAAACGCUACGGCUAUUUAGAGCUUUCCGACGUAUCCGAUCUAAUCGCAACUGAGGGUAGCUCUGGUUGGAAUGAGCGAGAGUGGAGGAAGAAAUUGAAAGAGUUAACCGGUACCCGAAUGAACGGUACAGAUGACGCAGAGAGCGCCAGUUCGGGUAGCAAGACCAACGGACACGGCAAGCGCCUUAGUUUUGGCCCAGCCGUCGGUGGAGCGUCGAGACCUCGUGUAGGCUUUGCAGAUGACGCGCCUCCGUCUGUCCGUACCUCGCGAUCGAUGUCGCUAAAUAGUCGACCGAAUAUAAGGAACGACUCAGCUCCGCCUGUAAAUCGAGAACCGGAAGUUUCGGCGAUGGCUUUGAAGUCGGGUCAUGCUCGCAACGCGUCGGAUUCUAGUAUACCUGGGCCUCCUCAACCACUGGCUCACCAGAACAGCCCUUAUGCGUCGAGCCCGGCUUCAUCCGUCCGUGGACCUAAUCCAGCCCGUGGUUUCAUGAACGAUUUAGCCUCAACUCCAGAACGUAUGAGUUCCGACGAAGAACGAGGCGAUGGCCCGAUCCGCGAUUUCGAAGGAAUGCGAAGGAUGCAAACUCCGGAGCCAGUUGUUCAACCUCCUAGUUUCUCUCAUGCUCCAGGCCAUGUUCCCGCGACUCGACCCUACCACUCGCCCGAGAUGCGCCGAGCUAACAGCCGAUUGUCCCUGACUACCCUUAAUCAGCUCGCAAAAGCUGGCGGCGUCCCACCAACUGGAGAUGCAUUCAGCGGCGGAAGAAACAACGAAGAGCGACGUCGGCCACCACCACAGCCGAUGAUGGACCAACGUGGUCCACCCCCGCCGGUACAUGCUCACGCUGUCAAUACUGGGAUGCCUGCUAAUGUCGGACCUGGUGAAGUAUUAAGGGAUAAUUCACCGUUAUCCCCACUUUCGCCUCCUGGUCUGACCUCUCCUCAAGCCGGCCCUGGAGGAAUCCGAUCGAGGUCACCACUAAUGAGCCCGCCACCUAUGGGUCAACGAGGACCAAGCCCUGGACCGCCUGGCCCAGGCCAACGACCGAAAACGCCAACCUCUCGACCCGGAACUGCCAAUGGUAACCGACCUCCGCCUCCGCCUGGUUAUGGACCACCUCCUGGUAAUAUGCUUCCCGGACCUCCGGGUCAGAGAGGGCCUCCUCCUUACGGUAUGAUGCCUCCUGGAAGAGGCCGUGGACGACCCCCACCAAACAUGCCACCUGGCAUGCCUCCCCAAGGGCGUGGUCGAGGCUAUCCACCUAAUGAGAACAUGUAUCGAGGCUACCCGCCGCAAGGGCCACCAGGACAUGGUGGACCUGGCGGACCCGGUCAAGAUGGACCAAUGUCUCCAGGGAACCGCAAACCUCUACCUCCUCUGAACACAUCUCCAUCCCUUAGCAGAAAACCGCUCCCUGCCCGCACUGACAGCUUGCAACAUCGACAACGUGACGAUAUGUCGCCGCAGACCCCUUCUACGAGCAGCGGAAGUCUGACGGGUAAUCGUAUCGACGCGGCUGGAUUGGGUCAGAUCCGCCCUCUCCAACCAGGACCUCGAAUGCCUCCUCCGGAUCAGGGUAUGCAUCGCCAGCCUACGGGCAAGAGCCAAGCGAGCAGCCGAUAUGAUGAGGCUAGUCGUUAUGACGACUCGGCAUCAACCGAUAGUCCCGAUUAUGCUAGUUCACGCCCCUCAACGGAGACUGCAUCUUCGAGCGAACGCGAACGACCAAGAGCAGGUGUGCUCCGAACGACAGGAAAUGACGACGACUCCCCUAUGCAAGGACCCGGAUUUGAUAUUCCGGACAUCAACUUCGGCCCAACUGUGAACUACGCGGCAGUACCCCGAACGAAGACUCCUACCCCCAACAACCCCCAGCAGGGACCAUUUCCUCCAGCACCACGUGCUUAUUCGCCCGCAUCUCAACCUCCGCGUAGGUCGCCUGGGGCGGAGGCCGGACACAAUCGCCAGGAAUCAGAAGAUACAGUACGACGAAGUGUUGUCUGGCAACCGGCUACUACGAAUGCCGCGCCUAGUAACCCCGCAGCCCAUGGCCUCUCAGCUGAAGAGUUCGUACAACAACGAGCUGCGGCUGCUCAAGCAACACCACUCUAUGCGCACCAGAGACAGUCCUCUGGAAAUACACUCGGAGGCUUCGGAGCGGGCACCCCAACCCCUCCACUUGGGCGUGGUCAAGGCCAGGACUACAUGGGAACUUCUCAUUCGCGUAAUAGUUCUCAAGACCUUCUACAAAACCGACCUGGCUCCCGAGGAGCAGGCGAACUACUUCAACGUCCAAACUCGCGAGGCGCUGGCGAGUUGCUGCAACGUCCCGGUUCUCGGGGUGCCGGUGUCGUUCUCGGCGGCCAAGGAGGAGGCGGUGACUCGCAUCUAUCUGCUCGUGAACAAGAACACGUCGCAAGAGUUACAGGAACACCGCUUAUUAAUAUGGCAGGCAAUAAGAAUGCCCCUACACAAACUGGUGCAGGACUAGUGGGUGCGAUUGAGGCUAGGGAACGUGAAAAGCAGCAGAUGAAGCAAGGCUGGAGUAGUCAGGCUGCUCAGCAUGCUAUCAACCAGCGUCAACAACAACAUGUUUUCCAACAGUACCCACCCCAGGCCCAAUCACCUAGUAUGCCACCCCCUUCUGGCAUGUACUCAAACUUGGCACGCAGCGGCACACCUCAUGGAUCUAAUUACGGCGGCUUCGGAACCCCUGGCCCAGUCUAUGAACAGGAGGGCACUUGGUCAUCGCCUGGAUCGGGAUUCGGUUCUCCGCCCCCCAAUAACUAUGAUCCUCGAUACAACCCGCAACGCAUGCAAUCCCCUCACGGCCAGUUCUCCUCCCCACCUCCUUUCUCGGCGCAAAGUCCACCUCCCGGAGGACGAGGACACAGCCAACACCCCUAUCACGGGCAGGCGUUUUGAUUGUCGAACAGUGUAGGUUCGAAAUCGACAAGCGCAUGGUUCCUAGGAUAUGAUAGGGCUUGCGUAUUACAUGAAAACCACAACUUCCGUAUCAAA